AUGGAGAAUUCCUCAGCCGGUGAAUUUGACAUGGCUGAUGAUGUUAAAUUGAUGUUGCCAGCUUUAGACAUGGUAAAUGAUGAUGACAAAGACAGGGAGAAGAUUGUAAAUAAUGAAAAGCCCAUCUGUAAAGCUGAAGCGGUAGAAGGAGUAAAACUCAAAUCUGAGGCAUGCAACUUAAUCGAAAAAUCUCAAGAUGAAUUUGAAGCCACUAAUGAAGAUAUAGAUGAUGCUGUUAUCAUCAAAGUCGACCAACCUUCCACCUCAGCAGCCGCUAAAGCUGAAGGUGAAGAAAAAGAAGAUGAUGAUGCCGAUGAUGAGAAUGCUGACAUCAGGCACAAAGAUGAAAAUGAUGAUGACAAUGAUGGAGAUGAUGACUUCUUUGUUCGAAGAGUGCCUCAACCCAUUAACAAAGAAGUCACCAUUCGAGAACCAUCGUCUCAGCCUCAGCAAGAAAGAUCCUCUUAG